AUGGACCCAAAACACCACGCUGACCCCAAAGGGGUCAAUUCGCGCGCCCCGCCCAAUCUGAUCAACUAUCUGCAUUCUCCGGUGGCGAGUUCGCCACUCUCGCGCGAAUCGUCUAACAUAAACCUACGGUCUGCUGCCACGGACAGAUCCAAUGCAGGUUUCUCUUCGCCCCGGUUCAGAUCAAUUACACCUGCAACCUUCGAGUCAAAACACAUGUAUUCCGAGAUACAGCUGCAGAGGCUACGAGAUUACCAUCUGGAUUUUCCAGAAGAUGAGGAGGAGGUGAGAAAGUUGCAGCUGGAUCCCUCUUCACCGUACUAUUCUAUGAGGACCUCAGCCGAUUACGACCUGAAGAAGUCUCUGCCUUACUCUACCGAGAAGACGAAAGAUAUUACUGCUUAUCUGGGUGACAUUGUCUCGCAUAUAUACAUCUCAGUCAAAUCGUUAGACUUGGACGGUGUCAUAUCUGUGAAUACCUUCGAGCUAGAAGCUGCCAGGGCCUCGAUUUUCAAAGGAGAAGAGCUCAAGCUGAGCGAGGCAUCGAAGGAGUUCGACGUCAAUAACGUUGGUUCUGAAGAUGAAGAUGACAGUGACAGUGACGAAUAUGAGGACGCAGAUAGUGACGAUGACGCUGCUGCUGCCACACCGGUCGGAAAGGUUGAACCCCAGUCUGCUGCCAUCAUCAGCCUCUCUCACUGGACUAGGGAAUUGCGAGUUUUGCUCAAGAUGAGAAGGGUUUUUCCAGUGUCUUUGACCAAAGCAUUAGUCAAGGUCUACUUCGCAAUCUGCAUGUCUCGUGGCCAGCAUCUGAACCUUUCUCUAUACAUCAAUGUUCUGCAAAGUCUAGCCUCCCAUGACGUUGACAUUUUGAAAGAGAACGGACUGGUUCUUGACUGGAAACCUCUUUUUAAGGAGUACUCGUGCCAUUAUCCUCAUGCGAAAUCAGAGCUAGAUAACCAUCCCAAGAAAUCGUUGAACCAACUGUCACAGAUAGCCCAGGCAGUAUCCCACUUCUUUGAUGAUUCCCAGACCACAGAGAUAAUUCGCGAAAGCUUAAAAGACUUCUCUCCAAAAACAACCACUGUAUCUCUGCUGAUUCUCACAUCACUGGUUCCCAUGACGUUCCGUCCGGUCUUGAAUGCUGAUGGGCCAACUUUCCAAGACAAUGAUAUCAGGAAGUACCUCCCUGUAUUUUUCAAUCUGUGGACAAAAGGAGGGUCAUGUGCUGUGUACUUGGUUCAACUCCUUUCGAAGAUCUCACAAAGUGCUUUGAAGAGCUUUGCUAAGGACCCUUCAGUCAAAUCAUGGGGCAAGUUCGGGAUAUUCACUGAAGCUCAAUUUGGAUACGUGUGUGAUUCCCUUUUCAGAGCGGUUAGAUAUCCUUCCAAGAAGAAAGAGGCUGUCUACACCAUUAUUGGUGGUUUGACUGGGAUCAUAAUGAUGUCCAUAACAAAUGAGCAUACUCCUAAUGGCCCUACCGAGAAGCUCGCUACGGUGCUGAAAGCUCUUUCAACGUAUGCUCACCCCUCAAAUUCUGGAGCGUGGUCACAGCAUGUUGCAAAGACCAUCAGAUACUUGGCAGACGAGCUCCAUAAGCGUGUUCUCAACCAGAGUGAUGACGAAAAUGUUACCAAGAUCAGAAACUUUGACCUGAGGGGAUUGCCAAGUGAUAUGAAAUUGAAUGAUAAUACCGUCAGGAUCAUCAUCAACAUGCUCAUUCCGAUCAUAAAUGUGGGUGUCCAGGCUAAGGGCAGAGAAGUGAGCUCAUAUCUCUCUGCGCUAGAGCUACUUGCGCCCUUGUCUCCAGAACAGGUGUUGGACUCUGUGUUCAUGGACAUAUACCCAUCCCUCGAGAACUCCAUCUCAACGCAUAGGUUGCAGGUUGUUCUUCGCGAGAUGAAUGUUUUGGUCAGAUUUAUGGCCAGCAAACCUGUUUAUCGUGUUCAUAUCAUUAGGAUACUCUCGUCUCUCCUGCCAGGUGUUGAUUCGAAUGACCCGAUCAAGGCUCGUAGGACAUUCGAGCUCUUGUCUGCUGUUGCCGGGGUUAUACCGUUCUAUGAUCUUUCAAAUGGCUUGGGUGAUGGUGGGAUGCUUGGGUUUCAAUUUACCUCUGACCAUUUGGCUUUUCUGGAAGAGAGAUUCUUGCAAUCUCAAUAUAAUUCCAAUCCUGCUGCAAUCGCCCCGGACUCCCAAACUAGUUUCUACUUUGAUCCGGAGAUAGAGUUGGAAGCUCUAAAGUCUGCCACUUCCACAUUCCAGGAUUUUCUGCAUGUGUUUGUCGAGAACACCUUCCGGCUACUCGAUAAUCUCCCAGAAAAGGUGGAAGGUGCUGACUUGGAGGUGAUCUCUGUUAUUCCUGACACAUUUGCGGCCAUAGUUGAAUCUGUCUCUGAUGAGCUGUUUGACACUAUCCAAAGUGAUGUGUACAGCUAUGUUAUUAGUAACUCCAAGCACUCUUUGGUAUAUGUGGUGGCUGCAAUAGUGGAGACUGUUGUCAGAAGAGACCCCCAAAAACAGUUCAAAAAGUAUAUUUCCUACCUUAUUCCACAGAUCAGGUUUCAGAUUGAUGAAAAUGGUGCAGGUUCAUCUCGUACUGGCUCAGAUAUAACACCAAGAGACGCUGAGUUGGCUUGGUGUCUUGAGAUGCUUUGUGGAGCCAUUUCUGCAGCACCUACUCAGAUUUUGGAGUUUUCUACCCAGUUGAGGGAUAUUUCGUUUUAUCUUCUCGACAACGUGAAAGGAUUUUCAUUGUAUACUCCGACUCUACUCUUGUGUCUCUUGAAGGCUGUUUCCACAAGAGUAAUUCUUGAGCGUCGUCUCAUUUCCAAGGACUUCAUAAAGAGAAAUGGCUCGGUUACUGAGAAAUGCUGGGGAGGCUUUCAAUUUGAUCCAUACAGAUUUGAUCCAGAAAACUUGAGUUUCGAAUGGUUCACCCCGGAAAGAAGUCAUGCUGAGUUUGCAGUGGAAUGUUUGGACUCGCAUGUUUCACAGGCUAUGUCAUCUCUGACUUCAUUGUUUUCAACAUUUCAGGAAGAAAAUUCCUCAGAUAGAGCUGGAAACUCCACUCAGAAGGCUUUAGAGAUUGUCGAUCAGAUCAACAUUAAUCUUGCUUGUCUAUCUUGCGGGUUGACGGGUAUUGCUCAAUUCUUUGAUCCUCUUUACAAGAAGUAUGAUGCUACAUCUGGAAGCUUCCGUGGAGACUUACUCCAGCAAAAACUCAAACUCCUGAAUACAUCGAAUAUCUCUGCGUUCAAUGCUGAAGACACCCCUGUGGUGAUGAGCCGGGCUCCUUCCAACGAAUCGUCUUUGGAGGGUCUGGACUCUCAGAUUGAUGGGAUCGAAGGAGGGAAUUCUGAGGACCAAGCAGUCAUUGAUUCACCUAUUCAUGUAUCCAAAGAUAUUGUCGAUGUUCCUAUGAGCGACAACAAUUCUGAAGACGUUUACUUGAUUGAACAAAGUGGUGUGGCAACUCCCAAUGAUCUCAAUAUGGGAAGCGUCAACCCAGAACUUACGGGCAGACAAUCUGGGCUGUUUGGUUUUGGAUACAUCUUCGGAGAAGGGACAUCUUCGAAGAUUGGUGACCCUUUAUACCAACAUUUACACAAUUUGAGAGAAAAGAUUGGCAGGUUUCUGCACGAGCUAGCUGAGAAAGUUUUCCUCAACAAUGAAGGUAAUAUUGCGAUUGUCAAGAAUCUUGUGAUUUGCAUUGAGAUUUGGUUACGCAAUGUGGGGUAUGAUGUUGUAGGAGGAUUUUCGGGACUCACAAAGCCAUACGUUAGUUCUUUCAAUUCGCAGGAAUUGAAAAGAAUGAACUCACCGUUCACUAGACCUGUAAUGGGUGCCAGGUUGGCGGUGAUGCACAUGAAGCGUCUGUCAUUGUCUAGAACUGAUCGGGUUUCCAGUGAUCUAGACCUGAUGUUGUUGAAAGACCUGGUUCAGGUAGCAGCAUCUCCCUUUGCCAAUCCAUCUCGUCGCGCGCGUUUGGUGCUUUCGGCCUGUUUUGGUUCUAUGCUAAAAUCGUCAUCAGCAGUUUACAACGUGUUUCCAGUUUGGCGGAAGGCAGUUGACAAGAAGGAUAUUGAAAGUAUCAAGAACAUUCUUCGCAUUUUCCGCACCAAGAGGAUUAAGGGACACGUUGAAAGAGGUGGGCGUAAUCUUGAGUACUUGGACCUGUUAACUGAAUCUAUCAGUAUCGAUCACCCAGAAGUGAGUGAAAUUGCUCUACAUAUAUUGAAAUCAAUCCCCGACUAUUUGGUGGUUCCCAAGUUUGUGUGUUUGAUUGACUUUGAUGAGAUUGAAGCAAUCAAGCCAACUGAUGGUAUGGUGGACUUUGAGGUUCAAUCUUUGAUGACUGCGAAGAAGGCAAAAAUCGAAAGAAUCCUGUCUAACAUCACCAAACUUGAGAACCGUGUGAUUGAACACGCGAGAGACAUGAAAUACUGGAAGUAUACUGUAAUGGCUCUGAACAUUACCUCAGUUCUCCAGCAGUUUAUGAGCACUACAGUCAACGAAUCAGCCUAUGAGUUCAUCAUGGAAUCAGCGGGCACUUCUCAUCCGUUGGUUUCAAAGACUGCAGUAUCGGGUGUCACCUCUAUUUUAGCGAAAGUAGAGUUGUUGGCUUCUGUGGGGUACGAUGCGUCCAAGCUCUAUGACUUGAAUGCAAAAACGUCGGGAGUUGAAAAGAUUAGCACUGACCCCGCUGACCAUGAUGGCCUUGACUUCUCCACGGUGUACAGAAAUGAGAUGCAAAACCUGAAAUCGCCUUCUUUCUUCAUUGAUGGUAGUGUUGUUCAGCCCGGACUUUUCUGGAAUGACCACAUUGAUGUGGUUAGUUCAAGUAAUCUGGACAGAGGAUUGAGGUUAUCUGAUUCAGAUACUGCCCUAUUUAGGAAAGUUGGUUCGUUUUUGACCAAGAAGUGGUUGUCGGAUAUUCUACAACUGUCUUGUGAGUCCAUGGAAUCCUCUCCCAUAUUUCAGCCUGUUCAUGUCAACUUUUUCAAAACGAUCACCUAUUUAGCCGUUUUCAAAUUGUCGAAAACUUUCACCCUUGAUGAUUUGAUUGAUGUGGCUUAUGAGAUAUAUGAUAAAGAAAAACGGGCAACCAACAUCUUGGUUGCUGAGAUCUUUUGUGGAAUUAUGAUGAGCUUUGAUCACAUGGAUGUCACCUCCAGAGAACAUGCCGACCAGCGUAUAAUGGAGAAGUUGAGGGACAUCUUUGCGAAAGAUCUUACCCAGGAUGCGUUAUCAGUGUGGUCUAUCUUCAUGUGGUGGCUGGCCGACCGGGUUGAUUUCCGUCGUUUUCCCCGUAUCUUGCAUGAUGUCUGUGGUUUUACGAUUGACAAGAAUAACGAAUCGCCCUUUGCAGACAUGGCUAGGCUCAGAAUUCUAAGAGAUUAUCUCGCCUCUGUUGGUGGAAACUUCUCUUUGUUUGACGAGUUCAUUGAGAUAAGCUUCCAAAAUCUGGCUUACUCCUACAGAAUCGUGGAGGAGAUGAAUGCAUCGCUUUUUUCAUCCUUACUGACCUCCUACCCAGCAGAGAUUCCUCUUUCUUUCGAAAAAUACCUAGAGUUGAGUACCAGCGAUCAGCUUGGAUUUGGAUACUACCCUCCACAAAUCCCAGAGGAAAUAAAGUCAAGGUUGAGCGACGUGUUUGAUCGAGUGGAAGAGCUCAGAAUACAAGUCGUUGAUAUGGACAUGAACACGAUUGCCAAUUCAGAGUAUAUGUAUAUGGCUAGAACUCUUGUCAUGUUUUUAGGCAAGGCGUUGCAAGACGAUCGCGCAUGUGAGAUUUUGGAAGCCAUCCAAGACAAAUUGUUACCCUUCUCGUUUGGCCUUGAAAGAGUCAAAGAUGCAGCCAAUCUUGCCGGAGUCUCGUACGUCCAUAUAUUCUUCCAUAUUGGAUCGUUACCAUUGGAGCGGUUGCGAGUCAAGAAUAUCCAGGAGUUUGUUCAUCCUGACUUGCUUCAGGCUAGUGAUUCAUUGACUAGACAGAAACACAUUUUGAGGUUCAUCAAAUUCUACUACCAUGUGAGGUUUUGCAGCCUCCCGCUUCCAUAUCAAAAGCUACUUCUGCAAACAGUCGAAAAGCUCAUAUUCAGUCAGCAUUUGGAAGUACGUGAGCUUGCAGGAGAUGUGCUAUCAGGUAUCAUCCACGUUUUCCCCGUAUCCGAGGUGGAUGAAGUUGUCAAGGGAUGUAUCCAAAGAUUUUCAGGUAUUCUCACCAAGGACAAAAAACUUUUGGGCAAAGUCAAGAGAGAAGUUGAUUCUGGAAAACAGAUAACAGAAAUCAAAAACAGGAUUCAUGGUGCUGUCCUGGGAUUGGGUGCUCUCAUUGAUGCCUAUCCUUACACAACACCCCCUCCAUCUUGGCUUCCCGUGGUACUAGCUGAUAUCUCUUUAAGGGCGUCUCAGAUGGAUGGCGUUAUCGGACGUACUGCUAAGGAAACGUUGAGUAAAUUCAAGAAGACGAGGCAAGAUACAUGGCAUAUUGAUAGCAGGUUCUUUUCUGAGAACCAGCUGAGCGAUCUGGAAGGUGUGUUAUGGAAAACGUAUUUUCUGUAA